AUGAGAGAGUUAGCUCGACUUCUCAUAGAAUUAAGAACGAUUGAGAAAAAUAAAAAGUUUUCAUUAAUUGAUGCUAUGACUCCAUCAUUUUUUGACAAAGUGUUAGAAUGCGCCAAGAGAGUUGGAGGUUACGAUCCGGUAGAAAAAUCGUAUAGAGCUCCGAGUUUGUCGGCUCAUCUGGGUACAUCACUCAAACAAGCCUGUGAUUUACUUAUCACAGCAUUACAACGAAAACAGCGUUUCAUAAAAUGUGAUGACCCAGAAGCCAAAAUACAAGCAGCUAAAAACUUUAAAAAUCUUAUUGCAACACAAUGGACCACAGAAAUAAGUAGUUUAGCUUUCAAAGAUCUAAACGAAAAAAGGUGGAAUAAACCAAUUAUUUUACCAUUGACAAAAGAUAUUUUAAAAUUCAAAAAUUACGUUAAUAAAAUCGCGAAUAUAGCUGUUGCUUCACUUCAAAAUUAUCCCAAUAACGCGCGUGAGUACAAAAACUUAGUAAAUGCAACACUCACAUUAACAAUUUUAUACAAUAGACGAUGUAUAGGAGAUGUACAAUAUACUAAAUUUCAAGCAUACCUAACAAGCUUUUCAACAUCUAAUCAAGAAGAAUUUAUGAAUUCUUUAUCAUCAUCAGAAAAAGUUUUAACCAGACACUAUAAGAGAGUCGUAACUGGAGGAAAGGGAAGUAAACCAACUGUAAUUUUAUUCCCUCAAAAUCUUCAAGACUUGAUGAAUACUCUUAUAGAUAUUAGACUAAAGACAGAUCUCGUUUCACAAAAUAAUCAGUACUUAUUUGCACAUCCUGGUAGUGAUCGUUGGAUAAGAGCUGAUACAAUUAUUCGACAAUUCGCUCAAAAAUGUAAUCUAGAUCAUCCUGAACAAAUUUCAUCAAAUAAAUUACGUAAACCAAUCGCAACAGUUAUGCAAAUCUUAAAUCUUAGUCAAGAUGAAACCGAACAAUUUGCGCAAUUUAUGGGUCACACUGAAAAAACUCAUAAUGAAUUUUAUAAACUACCACAAGAUAUUUAUCAAACCGCCAGAGUGUCUAAAUUAUUAAUACUUAUGGACAAAGGUGAUGGUAAUAAAUACAAAGGAAAAUCAUUAAAUGAAAUAGAUAUUAAUCCAGAAGUAGAUGCGGUUGAGUUAGAGGAUACUGAUGAUGAUGAUGAUGAUAAUAAUGAUAUUGAAGCUGAUAAUGAUGUUUCAUUCAACAAUCUUAUGCCUGACUACAAGAAACAACCUACAUUAACGAAAGUAAAAUCUUGUAAACAAAUUGGUCGAACACCAUGGGCACCAGAGCAAGCGAAAGUUGUCAAAAACUAUUUCAAAAGGGACAUUCAACUUAAGAAAGCCCCUAAAAAACGAGAGUGUGAAGAAUUAAUAAAAAACCAUCCCGAUUUGUUGAAGAACAAGGAUUGGAUUCGCAUUAAAACAUACGUUUAUAAUUUAUAUCGUUAA